CGCCAGGCUUCUGACAUCCUCUUAACGUGCACCCAAAUCGCUGCUCCGCGGCUCUCAUCACCAUUCACGGCGGAAUCUAGGGUUUAACGGUGGAUCUCGUUUCCACUCUCACAGACACCCUUCGCUGCAUUACACUGGGCUGGGGCCUGGGAGUUCUCCCGCAUUAUGUCUCGGGCAUCUGCUAUCUCUGCCUACCUCCACCGUAGCCGCCGGGGUUGCUCUCCCAUCGUCUAUUUUCGCCACCGCCGUCACGCCAGUUUCUUCUCAACCGACGUAGAGUAUCCUCUGACACACCCCAUCUAUACUGUCUGGGCCGCCAAUACAUCACUCGGCAAAACCCUGGUUUCUGCCGGCCUCUCCAUUUCGUUCCUCUCUGGAGUUUCAGGGAGGAAAUUUAUCUACCUCAAGCCCGUCCAGACUGGGUUUCCUCAGGAUUCUGACUCCCGCUUUGUUUACAGAAAAUUUUCCGAGUUUGUUUCGCUGCACCGUCCUGAGUCCUCGGUUGAAGCUUCUGAUCAUGUCCUCAGAGCCUCAGCUUUGGCAUCUCAGGAGCUCUUGGGCAAGAAUUGUGGUGGUGGAAUUGUGAAUUUGGGUUGGCAUGAGAAGAAAUUGCUGGGGAGUGGCCAAAAAUCUGGCAUCUCAGAGCUGGUUUGCAAGACAUUGUAUGCGUGGAAGGAGGCUUUGUCACCUCAUGUGGUCGCUGAGAAGGAAGGAGCUCGGAUUGAGGACGCUGAGUUUUUAGAAACGCUGAAAAGCUGUUUAGGAGCUAAUUCAGAGACUUUUGUUCAUGAAUGUGGAGAAAAUGCGGAGAUGAUGUGUGUGAUUGAGACUGCUGGUGGUGUUGCUAGCCCCAGCCCUUCGGGUUCUCUCCAAUGUGACUUGUACCGGCCGUUUCGUUUACCCGGAAUUCUUGUUGGAGAUGGAAAACUAGGUGCCUUCUAAAUGAGGCACCACUACUGUCCUACUUGCAGGGGAGGAUCCCCGUGCUCGUGCUUCCACCAAUUCCACAAGAAAUAUCUAAUGAUCUU